AUGGCAAAGAAGGAGGAGCACGAGUGGAAAAAUCAAAAUCUAGAAAAGAUUGCGAGAGAAAUUGUGAAGAAGUGUGCGGGAGUUCCCCUUGCAAUUAAGACGAUUGGGCGAUUGUUAGCGUUCUCUGGAACUACCGAAGAAGAUUGGUUGAAUUUUAAGGAUAGUGAUUUAUCUUCGAUAAAUCAAGAAGAAAGUGACAUUAUGCCUUCGCUUAAGUUGAGUUACGAUUUUUUGCCAUCGCAUUUGAAACUGUGCUUUGCUUAUUGCAGCUUAUUUCCGCAAGAUUACGAGCUAGAAUCACGUGAGCUUGUCUAUCUUUGGAUGGCACAGGGAUUUAUUAAUAAACCUCUAGGCAGUAAGAAAACCCUUGAAGAAGUAGGUUAUGACUAUUUCAGGGAGUUGCUUUCCAGAUGCUUUUUCCAAGAAAUACGAGAAAAUGUGUACGGCGACAUUAUGAGCUGCAAAAUGCAUGACCUCGCACUGUUAGUUGCAGGAGAGAAUUGCAUCACCAUUGAUAGCUCACAUGCGAAAAUGUUCCCAGAAGGAGCUCGCCAUAUAACUAUAAAUGAUCCGAAUGUGUUGAAUGGAUUGGAGAGAGAGAGAAGAAUAAGGUCCCUAUUUCUUACGGCUGAAGAGAGUACUGAUACAUUCAGCGAAGAUAGUACUGAUAUAUUUGGAAAUAGGAUUCCUAUUGAUGUUCUGGAUGUUUCGUGUUUUAGAAGUCUACGGGCGCUGCGUAUACGUGGUGUCCGCAUAAAGAUGAUUUCGCGUUCCAUUGGUGAACUCAAGCAUUUGAGGAGCCUUGAUCUCUCAAUCACUGGAGAGUUAAGGUCCCUUCCGGAUUCCAUAAGUGAGUUGUGCAAUUUGGAGAGCCUUAAUCUCACAAGAUGUUGGCAUCUAGAAGGAUUACCAAGUGGCAUUACGAAAUUGGUCAAUUUGAGGCAGCUCAAUGUGAGUGGAUGUGAUCAUUUAACACAUAUGCCGAGGGGGAUUGGGACGUUGACUAAUUUGCAAAGGUUAGACGUAUUUGUAUUAGGGGAGGAAUCGAACCAAAAUGCUGCAGGGCUAGACGAGCUGAGCGGACUUAUUGGAUUGAAGAAAGAACUGACUAUUCGAAGAUUGGAAAGAGUGGGGAGUAGUAGUAUUUCGAGCGAGGUGGAUGCUUCCUUCUCGAUGGAGAAGUUAGCUCAUCUUCAAUGUUUGGACCUAUGCUGGGGUUGGGAUGCGAAUGCGAGCAAUGACAAAGAAGUUAUAGAAAAACUUCGACCCCAUUCAGAUGUGAAGGGAUUGAGGAUAGAUAGAUAUGUCGGUGUCAGACUUCCAUCGUGGGUCUCUCAACUGCAUAGACUAGUCGAGAUUGAGAUUAAACAAUGUGGUUGCAGGCAGCUACCACCUAUAGAUCAGCUCCCUUCCCUCAAAAGAAUCUGGUUGCAUGGUUUGAUGAAUUUGGAACAUAUAGAAUUAUCGGAGGGUGGGACGAUGCCACAGUCUAAUUUCUUUCCAUCCUUGGAAGAAAUAGUGCUAGGGUAUUUGCCUAAAUUCAAGGGAUGGGAGUGGGAGAGGAGGGGCAAUAGAAUUGAAGAGGAGGAUGGCAAUUCUUCUUCUUCUUCUUCUUUGUUAAUGCUCCCCUGCUUCUCCGACAAGGUCAAGAUUGUAAUAUAUACGUGCGGAAGAUUCUCUUACAUAUCGCAUGGUGAACAGCUACUACGACUAGCGGGAUGGAGGAUGAGGAAUGUAACUGCACUCCUACUCCACCAACACGAUCCACUACUUCUUCCCCUUGGCCCCCAACAUGAUUCUCUCUCUCUCACCGCACUGACAUCCCUCUCCAUCAGCAAAAUUGAGGAUGCAGACCACUUGCCCGUGGAGUUGUUUCAGUCCCUCCCGUCUCUCCAGUCUCUUGAAAUAAGUCAUUGCCCUCGCCUGAAAGCACUCCCUCUGGGGGCGAUCCUCCCGCACCUACCCACCCUUGAGACGCUGGAAAUUUCUUAUUGCCCAGAGCUUGAUUUAUCCACUGAUGAUGGCGGUGGUGAAGAAGAUGAAGAAGACAUGCCGAUGCCGCCUAAUUUACAAUUCACUAAGCUCCGCAAGUUGGAACUCUGGUAUAUACCAAAACUGGAGACUCUCCCGUGGUGGAUUCAGCACCUCACUAACCUUGAAUCUUUAUUCAUCUUCUCCUGUGAGAAUUUGAAGGCUUUGCCUGGGUGGUUUCCCAAUCUCACCUCACUCAAACAUCUUGAGAUUUUAAACUGCGGGGAGGAGCUGAGAAGAAGGAUAUGCUGCCUGAAUAGGUACAUAUGCAUGCCGCAGAAUCAGUUUUUGCUGGUAAAGCUGUCGGGGUUCUUCGUGAUCCCAGCCCAUCAUUUCGGUUUCAAGAUUCUAUAUCUCAUCUGCAAAUGCCCCAAGGCUCUCAGAAAGUUCAAGGGUGCACAGCUUGUGGUUGUUGGUGCUGAAUUAAAUGGGCAGCUUAAGGCUCCAAAAGACUGUUUCCUUCUAGCAAAGAAUCCCAAUGGAAUGUUUUGCAAGGACGCAUUCUCGGCUCUUAUGAGUUCACGGAACUUGUACGGUUUCAUCAAGAAGUCAUUCUUAGAUAUUGGUUCUGUGUCGAGGAUACUGGAUAGCAUAAUGAAACUCUGCCCCCAGUUCAACUGGAACAUUGAGAACCAAGAAAGCUUCACAAAUUCAUCUGAACUGGAGCACAUUACAGAGGCAACUGCAAGAGAUCUCAAUGUUGUUAGACCUCUGCCUGCACUCCCUGUCCUCAAUUCACAACAGAAUAGAGUGUCUCGCCUUUUAAAUGUUUUGCGGAUACUUGGAGUUGUGGAGACUUGUUAG